ACUUUUUUGUCACGUUGAUAAGUAAUGCAAGUAUGGACCUGUUUCCAAAAAAUACUCAGUCUAAUUUUAUGGUGAAAAUGAGUCCCCCCAUUAAUUUACAUGGAAAUUGGGCAGUUGGACUUAGUGAAGUUAUUAUUCCGAGAAAUUGGUUUAAUAUAUCUAACCACAAUAACGAUUACGUUGUUACGUUCGAAGAAAUUAUAAAAGAAAAAGAUGAGCCGUUGCCGGAUAAAUCAUAUUUGGUUCCUUUGAUUCCUAUUAAAGAUAAAGAAAGUAAAUUGUUUGAUGGAAUAAACGAAAACAUACUUUCGUUAACGAAUUCUAAUUUGGCAGAAUUUAUUUUUGAUGAAGAUAAACAAACCGUAGACGUAAAUAUAAAAGAUGCACACGAGUUGCACAUUACGGUCGAGCAUGCGUCAAAAUUACUUUAUAUGCUAAAUUUACCUAACGAAGAUAUCGUGCUAAGGGAGAAUUCAACUUAUAAUUUUCGAUUAUCGACGAAGGCCUAUUCCAAUCAAUUUUUUACUUUAGUGGAAAAAAAUAGAAAAAAAGAAGUAAUUAAGAAAACUUAUAGGGAUGAAAAAAUCUUUAUUCCUAUAGGAUUAUAUUCGUCUCCUGAAAAGUUUUUAGGAAUUUUUAAAUAUAUAAAGCUAGCUUUACUACCGAAUAAUAAAAUUAUUUUAAAAGUUCCGUCGAAUAUCUCUGUAGAAUUCGGAAAUGAAUUAAAAGAUUUCUUAGGAUUUACAACUGCAAAAUAUCCACCAGGGGAAUAUAUAAGUCACUAUCCGAUCGAAAUGUCGGCCGGAAUAUCAGAAAUUUUUAUUUAUUCGAAUAUUAUUUCCUCCCAUCACGUUGGAGAUAUAACAGCACCGUUAUUAAGAGUUACACCUGUUAUGGGAGAAAAAGAAGAUCAGAUAUUUAGAGUUUAUUCGACACCUUUGUAUUUUCCUGUAAAGAAAAAUUAUAUAGAUUCCAUAGAAAUUGAAUUGAGAUCUGCUGGAGGAAAAGAAAUUGUCUUUUUUGGUGGAAAAACGUUAUUAGUUUUAUCUUUUAAACAGUUAUAAAUACUACCCAGUUUUAUUUCUAAUGUUAGUUCGU